AUGGAGGAUGAAAUUGAAGUCAGUCAAAUUUUGGUUGAUCUUCAUAAAUUGAUCGACGUUUCUGAACCACGGAAACGGGGUUGCAAAAGAAAGAUAAGCAACAUGGGUGAAGGACAAUCCACGUCUCAUGAUGCAGCUUCAUCGACACCAAAGUCUGUUCUGAAUAUUGAAAAUAAAAGGCCCAAGAUCAUAUGGAGAUUCACCAAACGUCCUAUCUGUUUCUCGUAUAGUGAAUCAGAUGAAAAUAAUUGCUCCAACAAAAGGACCAAAACCGAGUAUUGCAACAUGGAGAUAAUGACAGUACAAGAUGGAUUUAAAUGCCCUGAUCUUAACAUCCCUAUCAAUGACACAAUUCGGGAGGACGACUCAUCACAGCCGGUCGACAUUAACAAAGUUGUUGCAGACGCCAAUGCGGAUAGAAGGGCCAAAUGUGCUGAAGCCAGGAGGAUAAGGCGGGGAUUAAUCAAUGCAAAGUUGAUGAAGAAGUUUGCUAUUCGCCAUGCUUGA